UUUCCUGCUCGAGGCUCGAAGGCGGCCCGGCGCCCAACAUGUCUACGCCAACCACCAAUAUCCUCUGCAUCCCGUUCCGCCGGUCGCUGCACCUGUCGCUGUCGACGACGAUCCGGCAGUACAUCAACACCAAAUAUGACCAGCACCCGGACAUGUUCCAGCACGACCUCGAGGCCAUCGAUGCGCUGCGCCGCGACGCCGUCAACGUGCGCGAGCCGCAUCUGAGCGGCAUCAAGAAGCUGCAGGUGUAUGCGGGCCAGCUGGUGUGGAUUGGCGGCAAGUUUCCGAUUGAUAUUGGCGCCGAGUUCACCUGGUAUCCGGCCCUGGGCUACCACACCGACCGGCCGAUGGCGCGCAACAACCUCAAGUACGAGCUCAUGAACGUCCUCUAUAAUCUCGCCGCCCUGUACUCCCAACUCGCCCUCAACACGCCUCGCGGCGACACUGAAGGCCUCAAAUCUGCCGCGAACUACUUUUCGCUGGCCGCCGGCGUCCUGUCCCACAUUCAGAAGGCCGUGCUUCCCGAGCUGCGCAUGUCCGACCCGCCCGAUGACAUGGAUAAUAACACUCUCGAAUCGCUGGUGCAGCUGUUUCUGGCACAGAGCCAGGAGUGCUUCUGGCAGAAGGCCGUCAUGGACGGCUACAAGGACGCCUCAAUCGCAAAGCUGGCUGCACGGGUUUCUGACCUGUACAACCUGGCUGCCGAGGCUGCGGUGAGCAGUGAGGCCAUUAGCAGCGCAUGGAUACAUCAUAUGAAUGCAAAGCAUCACCACUUCGCGGCCGCCGCUCAGUAUCGCGCCGCCUGCGAUUGCUUAGAGAAGAGAAGAUAUGGUGAGGAGAUUGCCCGGCUGAAAGAUGCCGUCAUCUGUGCCAAUGACGGCAUCAAAGAGGGCCGGGUUGCCCCCCUGAACAAGACGGUCAUGGAGGAUUUGCAGGCCUUGAAACGAAAGCUAGAAGAGGACCUGAAGAGGGCCGAGAAAGACAACGACCUCAUCUUUCUGAAUCCCGUCCCCCCGAAGGCUGAAUUGAAGAUCCUGGAGAGGGCCAACAUGGCCAUUGCUAGAACACCUCCUCAGGUGGCCAACCCCCUCGACUACUUGGGCGACCAUGCCGAGCUCGGGCCGGCGCUGUUCUCGAAGCUGGUACCCUUCUCAGUUCAUGUUGCCAUUUCCAUCUACGAGGAGCGCAGAGAUCGAUUGGUGAACCAAAACAUCAUCCAGGAGUUGGAAAAUCUGACCGACAAGAUUCACACGCUUCUCAGCUCUAUUGGUUUGCCAGGAUCUCUGCAAGCGUUGGAGAAGCCUCUCGGCCUUCCGCCUAGCCUGAUACAGCACGCGGAGGAGAUUCGACAAGCUGACGCAAUCAACAAGAUCCAGAGGAGCUUCGCCGAUAUCGAAAAACUGCGAUCCAACGACUGGGCGAUUUUCGAGGAGGGGAAAGCAGCGCUGGCCGCUGAAGAGGAGGAAGACGAGCAGCUGCGGAGGAAGUACGGCACCAGCAGAUGGCGGCGUCCCGAGAGCCAAGCAGAGCCCACCGGCGCGAAAUUUUGGGCCGCGAUCAACGAAAUUGGGGGUUAUUUCCAGAACAGCGCGAGCAGCGACGAGGCGGUUCGAGACAAGUUCAUGGCCAACAAAGAGUUGUUGGAGAUUCUCUCAGGGUCGAACCAGUCUCUGAUGAACUACGUGCCUUCGAGCGCACCCGUGGAAAGCUCAGGAGAGCUGAAAGCAGCGGUUGGGCGGCUGCGGAGCGUGUACAAUGAUGUGCUGCGGAUGGAGACUAGGAGGAGGAAGAAGGUUGAGAGCCUGAGGGAAGCGGCGCGGCGCGACGACAUCAAACCCGAUAUUCUUAAGGAAGCGGCUCGCCUGGAGCGAACGUAUCCCUCAACGCCUCUGCAGACGGUCCACUUUGAAGAGUUCUUCGAAAAACGACUGGACAAGCUGUACGAGCCGGAGCUUGAGGCCGUCGAGAAGGAAGCACAGGACCAAGAAAAUCUGCUGAUCCUUUUGGAGCGCGCAAACAGGGAGUUUGAGGCUCAGAAGCGCCUCGUUGACUCCAAAGGACACCGUGAUCGUGAGCAAGUGCUGCAGAAACUCAACGGCGCCUAUUUCAAGUACAAGGAAAUCGUGGCCAACCUGGAAGUGGGAAGGAAAUUCUACAAUGACCUGAACAGGAUAGUUGCGCAUGGUUUCCGGGAUGCCAUCAAAGCAUGGGUGGCGGAGCGGCGAUUGGAAGCCCAGAGGUUGGAAGAG